AUGCUUAACCCAGAUAAAACUCAUAUAUCUCUACCUGAUGAUAUCUAUGAGCUACUAACAGAGUAUUACAAAAUGGCAUACAAUGGGAAUUUUGCAACAAUCGCUGAAGCAGUUUUUGUUAAAGAGAA